UCGCUCACAAGUUCUAGCUUCAGAACUUUUCAAAAGAAGACUGCAACACAAAAUCCAACAGCUAAUGGAAGAUUUUAGCCUCAAGUAUGUGAACCUGGAGCUUUGGGCCAACCAGGAGAGCCACGAGACGCAGGGGCUGAGCUCCAAGCACCUGGUGGUGCGAAGAGGACAGCCGUUCAAGCUCACCCUGUUGUUCAAAGGCCGCCCCUUCAGCCCGUACACAGACAGCCUGAUCUUCAGAGCCGUGCUAGGUGACCUGUACGUGGAGUUCCCCGCCACCUUCUCGAAGCCACAGCACCAUUCGCGCUGGAGCGCCGAGGUGCAGCCCGGGGAGAGCUAUUCCCAGUCCGUGACGGUGCACAUUUUCGCCCCGGCCCACUCCCCUGUGGGCUGCUACGACUUGCACCUGCACCUCCUGUCUCAGCCCUGGCAGCGAAGCUACAAGAUCGGGGAAUUUGUCCUGCUCUGCAACCCCUGGUGUCCCGCCGAUUCAGUGUACAUUCAGAAUGAAAGCCAGCGAGAAGAAUAUGUGAAAAAUGACUUUGGGUUUUUGUACAUGGGCACACCUAAGAACAUGGCAGCAAGACCAUGGGAAUUUGGUCAGUAUGAAGAAGGGAUCCUGGAGAUCUGCCUGAACCUGCUGCAAGUCAGCCCACAGCACAGCAAGAAUCGCAGGAUGGACUACCUGUCCCGCUCAGACCCCGUGUAUUUGAGUAGGGUGGUGUGUGCAAUGAUCAACUGUGAGGAUGACAGAGGCGUCCUGAAAGGGAACUGGAGCCAGGACUUCAGAAAUGGCAUUCCCCCCUCACAGUGGUCAGGAAGUGCUGACAUUCUGAAGCUCUGGGCCGGAUCCAACUACAGCCCGGUUAAAUACGGCCAGUGCUGGGUCUUUGCUGCCAUCAUGUGCACGGUCAUGAGGGUCCUUGGAAUUCCCUCUCGGGUCGUCACCAACUUCAACUCUGCUCACGACACCAACGGCAACCUGGUCAUCGAGGAGUUCUACGACGAGAAGGGAAAAAAACUACACAUGAGCAGAGACAGCAUUUGGAAUUUCCAUGUGUGGGUUGAAUGCUGGAUGAGCCGACCUGACAUAGGGUCUGCGUUCGACGGCUGGCAGGUGUUGGAUCCAACCCCACAAGAAAGAAGUCGAGGGGUGUUCUGCUGUGGGCCGUCUCCCGUGAGAGGGAUCAGGGACAGGCGUCUGGACGUGAUUUACGACAUACCCUUCGUCUAUGCCGAGGUCAAUGCCGACGUGUGCACGGUCAUCGUGAAGGACGGGCAGGCCGUCAGUCGCACCGUGGACACGGAGAGAGUGGGAUCACUGAUCUGCACCAAGAGCCCGGGCUCCAACAUGCCCCAGGAUGUGACUAACGCGUACAAGCAGCCCAAAGCUGUCAUGUCACCAUAUGGGACAAUGAAUGGAACUCCCAGAUCGAGACGUUCGUUUGCUGGCCGAGAAACUAAGCAGGGUCUGGCUGUUUCCCUGCGUCUCAACAACGUCCCGGUGGCCGGGGAGAACAUCUCCUUCUCUGUCACUGUCAGUAACAAGGACAACGUCCCAAAAACUCUGAAGGAACAUGUCAACGCCCAGGCCAAGGAGUACAACAGCAGCCCGCUGGAGACUUUCUGGGAGGAUCACAAUAUUCUUCAGAUUGCACCAUAUGAAGUUAAGAUCAUCCAGCACCAGAUUCCUCACUCUGUCUAUGAGCGUAUGCUGAUGGGGGACAACUUGGUGAACCUGGCCGUUGUCAUGAAAGACGAGGCCACUCAAGAGCGAGUCCUGGCAUCAGAGGAGUUCAACAUCACCGAGCCAGAGAUCUCCAUUCAGAUUGCUAAUGAAGACGACAUCGUGGUGAACAAGGAGCACAGUGCCCUCGUCGUCUUCAGAAACCCCCUUCCCAUGCCUGUGAGCGGCGUUCUGACGGUUAUGGGCUCAGGUCUGCUGGAUGGAAAAGUUCAGUCAAAGCUACACCUCCUGCAGCCAGGUGAAACCAUGGAGAAAACAGUCGCUUUCACUCCAAAGAUGGCUGGCACCAAGAUGCUGCAGGCUAACCUGGUGCUCAGGAACAGUCCUGUCAUCAUAAGAGGCUUCAGGACUGUCACUGUAAUGGCGGCUUAGCCACUGACCCCCGGCUGAUCUGCUGUAUACUGAAGGUCUGCUACAGUGGAGGGAUGUCCGAUCUUACCUCCACCAUUCUGAAGGUGUGAAUAUGUGAAUAUUACAUGCAUUGAGCAGAUGCUCUUAUCAUGAACAAAGUAUUUCCAUGAAAUGUGGGGUGUGGCAUUCCUCACAAUGUAUACUUUUGUUUCUUCAUUAUAAUAUG